UGGCGGGCAAGCGGAGCUUGAUCGCCUCCUCCGGACGUGGUGUGUCCAGGUGUGCAGCGACCUGCAGGAAGCCCUCCCGGUUCUUCCCGGGCCUCUGGUGCUCUCUGAAACGGAGCCUCCGCGACGCUUGUCGUAGUCGUCUGAGGGAACGCGCGGGGCCCGGGCGGGAGAGAUGGAUACGAGUUCACACAACAAGCCUCUCUCUGAAUCCAAGGAGUGUGUCCGUCAUAAUUCUGAAAAUGACUUUUUUAUCUUGGGUACCGGGCCGCUUGUGACCCCUCAGAAGCAUGCAGCAGACAUGACUCCUAAUCUUUGCACCCCUGAUACCUUUAAGUCACCUUUGGACUUCUCCACAGUAACCGUAGAGCAGUUGGGAAUUACACCUGAAAGCUUUGUUAAGACCCCUUCAGGAAAGUCAUCAUCUUCCCUUCAGAAGAACAGACGCCGUUCUACGGUUGGUGUGCGGGGCUCUCCAGAAACAAACUGUUUGAUCCGCUUCAUAGCUCAGCAGCGAAGCCUGAAGAAGGCUGUAAGGUCUCCAAUGGCCCGCGAUCCCUACUUAGAGGGUAGCCCAAGACUGUAUCGAAAUGCCAGUGUUUUAAGAGAGCGAAUGUCUGCUUUUCGGUCAGCUUUUCACUCCAUACAGGAAACUGAGAAGAUGGCUGGUGGUCCCUCAGCAUCAGAGGCAGAUGGAGAGUCUAAGAUAACAGAUUUGACCAAAAAAGAAGGUCUUGUUGAAUAUCAGCAGUCUGGGUUCCCUAUAAACUGCUCUUCAAAGCGGAGGAGACUAUCCUCCAAGGACAUCCUGGAUGAUUAUCUCAGUGGCACCAAAAUGUUUGCUGAUGGAGCAUGUGCUGGGGCCACCUCCACAGAUCUUGCUGAGAAGUCAUCUGACAUCAGUUCAGCCCAGUCUGGAUAUAUGGCUACUCCCCUUCCAGAUCUCAGGCAGGCUUCACGGGGACUUGCAGUGACUGACUGUGUAGAGGGCACAAGAUCAGUUGAUGCUGUUCCACUUGACACACCGGCAACACCACUGAGCUCAGGCACAGCCACUACUACCAGGACUCCUCUAAUUCCUGUGUGCGGGAGCAGCAAUCCAUCUACUAAGACCUUUGUGCUUCGUUCUGUGUUGAAGAAACCUUGUCAGUCAUUCUCAGAGAAUGGAAAGGGAUACAACCCCUGUGAUGACCAGGCCCAUCUGAUCACAUGUCCGUCCAACUGUUGCAAAGGAGGAGCGGGUAGAGAAAACUGUAAAACACCAGGCUGUCUGAAUCUGAGGAAGAGGAAGAGAGUUACUUUUGGAGAAGACUUAAGCCCUGAAGUGUUUGAUGAAUCUUUACCAGCCAAUACUCCAUUGUGUAAAGGAGGAACACCUGUUCAUCCGAGAAACGUCAGCAUCACUACCAGUCCCCUGCAGUCCCCAGUUCAUGAGCAGUUCCUUCAGCCAAACUUUGAUGACAAGGAAGAGAAUCUCGAAAACAUAGCACCACCUCAGGGAUCAUUUGCAAUUCUGAGUCCUACUAAAUCCUCAUUCUCUGAGAUUCCUCCAGGCACUAACACUUGCAGUCCUUUAAAUAAGGAUGAAGAAAUAGUCUAUAGUGUUGGUAGAUCUACACGGACUUCUCACAGAAGAAAGUUGCUGAGUUCUGCAGGAACAGGUGUUUGCAACUCGUACACUACACAAGCUGAGCCCUGUAAAGAGAAGAUAAACAGGAGGAAAUCUCAAGAAAAAAAGCAUACAAGCAAAACACUUCCUAAAAAGAAACAGGCAAGAAUUUACAGAAAAAAGAAAAGAAAAGGGAAAAAGGGUGUUGAGAAGUGCUUAUAUGGGCAAAGAGACAUCGCAUCCAAGAAGCCACUCCUGAGCCCCAUUCCUGAGCUGCCUGAAGUCUCUGAGGCGACACCUCUGGCUGACUGCACACAGAGGACGUGCUCAGAUGAUUUCAACAUCCGUGGUGAGCUGGAAGAAGGAACCUCUUUUGAAAUUCCCACGAAAAGGAAGAGAUGCUUGCCACAGAAGGAGGAUCCACCUGAGCUGGAUCCAGCUCCUGAUCAGUCUGUUGUCUCUGACUUGUGCUGUUACUUAUUGCCUCUCCCUGCUGCUUCUGAGGGAGGGCCAAAUGCCGGUACCAGAGACACAGGCAGUGAAGGGAACACCAGAGCAGACAGAGCGGAGAGUAAACGUCAAAGUGCAAAGGAGCCAAAAACCGGGACUAAGACCGAAAGCAGUCUUGCGCCUUGUGCUUCUGUGACCCACCACGGUCACAUUGUGUCCAAUAAUCCAAAGCCUCUGGGCAGCCUUCAGAGCCAGGACUUUCUCAAGGCUGGUCAAAGUUUGGAAAAUCCUUGUGAGAUCCUUACCAUUUCAGAGAGUAUGAAUAUAAAGUGUGAGAAAGAGAGUGAAUGCCUAGCUCCACAGGGAAAUCUGCAGGGCAGCCCUUUCUCAACUGACUCAAAAAGAGAACAUAACUGUUCAGAAGAUGUCCUCAUUGAAAAUACAAAAGAAUCUACAAGCCACAGUGAGAAUGCGGGAAGGAAAUGUGCAGAAAAUGGCAGCACUGCUAGUGGUAGAGAAAGGAAGUGGAGAAGACACACUAUGUAUUGUGAGGGUCAGAGUUCAUACCUGGAUCAAAACAGGAACCCUGCAUCUUCCUGCAGUGGGGAAAACUCUGUAGGGAUUGGUUUAGGGAAUUCCCAGCUGAUUGAAGAGCUGUCUAACACCAUAGAACAAAGCUUUCAGAGACCAAGGGGUAAAAGCAAAGUGAGACGCAGCACAAGGCUCCAGAAAGACUUGGAAAAUACAGGGCUAGUAUGGCUGUCUCCAAGUCCUUCCACUUUUCGGAAAACAAAAAGGAGAAUGACAAUUUGUACCUUAGACAGCAGGGGAUUUGAAAGUACAUCCUCCAAAGAAGAGACUCUAUCCUCAGGACAAAAUCCAGGGCCCUUGCCAUCUAUCUCAGGCAGUGAGAGCCAGGGUGUUGGUUCUUCUGAGCUACCCAGGAAGAGGAGGAAAAGCUUUUGCCUGUCUGCCCUCUCAGAUGGUAACAGUAUGACUCAGCUACCACACUUCAAGAGAAAACCCUCUCUCAAGAAGGGGGAAGGCACUCAGCUUCCCUGAGGAGGCUGGGCCCAGGAGAACAAGGGCAGGGACAAUUCCCCUGACGAUGGCUCUUAAGGAAGGGGACCCAGCUUCCUGUCUGCUCUACUUCAUCCCUAUUCAAACUUCAGUGCAUUGCACAUUUCUAAUAAAAAUCAUUUGAGUUAUGAUGACUUUAAGUAGAAAUAGGUGAAUUUCUUAUCUUCUCCCUCUAUAAAUGUAUUUGUCUUUUUGUUUCGCCUUUAUUUUGUUAAAACAUUCCUUUCUAGAUCCGACAAUGUGUUUCUGCAGUUUUAUUCCUUUUAGUGCACAUUCACCACUAAAGUCUUAGACUGCUCUGGAAAACAUCCUUUAGAAUGACUUACUCUUUCCUUUGGUUAAAUUGACCAGCUUUGAUGACUUCAUUGUCUCAAAUCAGUUUUCCUUUGCUAAUUAAGUGAAAAUGAGGCCCUGUAUUGAAAUUUUAAUUCAUUGACUGGAACUCUAUAGAUAAAAUAUUGUAAAUGGAUAUGUAAUUAAAAAUAACUGUGCAAUCAUUCUUUCAGAUUGU